AUGGCGGAUGUGUUGCCUACUCUGGCAUAUUUGCAGGCGGACAUGCAGGCAGCAGCGUCGUUCAGCAUGAGGGAGGAGGAUACUUGCAGGGUGUCCAUCCGAAAGUCUGCCGCUCAAAGGCAGUGGCUUCCGCAGGAGGUGAGAUCUGUCCUGGUCAGCAGCAGAACUCACGGUUCAAAGCUGGCAGCUGCUCUACGGGCCCGGCUGUUGGGUGAAGAUGGGGGCGAAAGCUACCGGUGCCUGGAGCUGAAGAUGGCCGGUAAGAGUGCAACCAAGGAGGCAGCUAUCGCCACCAAGAUCCUUCAGAGGUUUUUGCCCAAAGAGCUCGAGAUUAGCUUCAGGGCCCGCUUUGAAAAGUUCGAAGGCUACCGCGCACGAGGGCUCGUGCUGACCAUCGAGACCGGAAGCCUUCCCGAGCAGGCCGAUCCAGAAGGUGAUCCUUGA